AGCAGACUGACUUAGUCACACAGGCAGCAACGAUUGACUGAUUUGGGACACAAUAUCACAAUGCUGACUUGGACUCCUCAUCUUCUUGCACUUAUUUUCUACAUUCCCUAUGUAAUUACACAGUCAGUGUAUUGGGAACAUUAUGGAGGUCCAGUUGGAGGAUCCAGAUAUUCUGAAAUGACUGACAUCAAUGCAUCUAAUGUGGCCAAUCUAGAAGUAGCAUGGACAUUCAGAUAUGGGCCUAGUCCAUGGGGCUAUGAUUAUGACUUCCUUGCAUACACUCACCAAUCUACACCAAUAAUGGUAGAUGAUGGUUCUGGCAAUAAUCGUGAUCUUCUAUAUUUGUGUACACCAUGGAGGGCAAUAGUAGCAGUGAACCCAGCAACAGGUGCAGAGGUUUGGAGGAACAAUGAUGGGGCACAAACAGAGAGAGGAGGAACAUGUCGGGGUAUUGCUACAUGGCUUGAUCCACAGAAGACAGAAGGAUCCCUUUGUAAGAGAGUGCUCUAUAUCCCUACUCUUGACCUGAGGAUGAUGGCAGCUGAUGCUGCUACUGGACAACUGUGCCCUGACUUUGGUGAUGGAGGUUUUAUAAGUUUGAUCCUUGAUAACUGGGACUGUGAAGGGAGAGGUCAGUGUAUAUCGUACCAUAACCCUCCUGCAGUUGUUGGUGAUACACUCGUCAUCGGUCAAGGCAUUAAUGACAACUUCGUCAUGAACACGCCUAAGGGACUGCUCCCUGCAUUCAAUGCAAGAACUGGGGCUAAUGUAUGGAACUUCACAAUCAUCCCAACUGACCCUAAUGACCCUGCCAUGGCCACUUGGCUCAAUGGAACUACUGAUGGAGUUGGCUCAGGGAAUGCAUGGGCUCCACUAAGUGGUGAUUCUGAACUAGGUAUUGUUUAUGCCCCCACUUCCUCAGCCUCAGGAGAGCACCAAGGUAUUCACAGACCAGGGGAUAACCAUUACUGCAACUCUGUGGUUGCCCUUAAUGCCACUACGGGGGCCUUGGUCUGGUUCAAACAGCUGGUCCAUCAUGACAUAUGGGACUAUGAUCUUAAUGCCCAACCUACAGUAGGUAUCAUAACUCGUGGAGGUGAAAGACGGAAGGUUGUACUACAGGGUACCAAGAUGGGUUUCUUGUUUGUGCUGGAUGCCCUGACUGGAGAGCCUGUAUUCCCAAUAGAGGAGAGGCCUGUACCAGCAAGUACUGUUCCUGGAGAAAUAGUGAGCCCUACUCAACCAUUCCCUGUAGAUGACUAUCUGAGAAUGUCUGCUGAGAGCAUCAACAUGAGGGCUGGCCAGGACCUCUGGGGGAGGACCAUCGAAGGAGAGAUCUACUGUGAGAAUGAAUUCAUGGAUGGGAUCAAUCCAGAUGGCAGAAUAUAUAAUCCCGCUACUACUACAGCAGGGGAGAUCUGGGUACCUGGCAAUCACGGGGGCAUGAAUCUGGGUGGCACAGUAGCACUGGAUCCUGUGAGGAGUAUCACAGUUGUAUCUCUAAACAACCACCCAGGAGUUGUUCAGCUGGUGCCCAAUGGUAUGCUCCCAGAGCUGGCCCCUGAAUGGUGCAAGAGCCUUAACCAGCCAAUAGACAUGCCUUACUGGGAGUGUACUGCAUGGAACAUGAUGGACGACACUGCUGACACAGAGCCCUGCCAUAGACCACCUUGGGCUAAGCUCACUGCAGUUGAUCUAGAGAAUGGACGCCAGCUAUGGAGUGUAACUAAUGGGUAUACACCUGAUGUUGGGGCUGAUGAGGCUACUGAGGGUAGCAGAUGGACUGGAGGGGGUAUCCUAUUGACAGCAGGGGGGAUAGUGAUAGUAUGUAAUACAGAGGACAGACAUCUAAGAGCACUGGACAUCAACACUGGAGCAACACUCUAUGAAUCUGCUCAGCCAAUGCCAGCUCAUGCAGCAGGGGGACCCAUUACAUAUAAAACAGGUGGAAAACAGUAUAUUGUCACAACAGCAGGUGGCCACAACAUGUUUGGAAUGCCUGUAGAAAACAGAAUACGUAGCGACUAUCUCUAUGCAUACGCCCUACCUGAUGCACCCACCGAAUAAAUUAGUGAUGAACACAUAUGUUUCAUAAGAAAGCAUAGAGGACAUUGAAAAAUGUUGAUUAUAGACCCUUUGCUAUAAAAUCUUUAGACUUUAUGGAUAUUUUCAUAUCAAAACACAUACAUAUGCGACUUAGAUUUUCUCUAGUCAGAUUUAAAAAA